AUGGCUGGUGUAAUUGUUGAUGUUAUUUCCAUCGUUGAUAUUGUAUUCCGUGAAAUAUGUGAAUUAUCCGAGAAAGCGGGGCACAACAAAAAAGUUUGUAGGAGGCUAACGGAGCGUAUACGUGUAGCGACUAAAAACUUAAGAAACAUAAGAAUAGAGGAAAAUGACACUGCCCUGAAGAAUUACAUAAAAGCAUUAGAGGAUGCUAAAGAUUUCAUUAAAGAUAUUAGCGAAGCUAGUACGUUGAUGAGAUUGAUUAAGGCUAGAAAGAUUGAAACCGAUUACAAAGACGUUACAGAAGAAUUGGAUAACGCUAUCGCGCAAUUGGGUCUUAAUCAAUGCACACGAACGCAACAAAAUAUUGAGGAAGACCUAAAGCUGUUUCAUUCCGAAAUAAAAACAUCGUUAAGUGUUAUUGAAGAAGUCAAUAAGCAUGUAUGGGAAAAAGGAAUGAACAUUGAAGAAAAGGUAGACCGGAUUGAAAAAAAAUUGGAUUGCAUCAAUCAAGCAAAUAAUAGUGUAUAUAAAGAGGGGGAAAUGUCGUCGAACCUAGAGAAUUCUAAAAUUCCUGACUCUCGAAUUUCCCAUUGCGAAGAGUCGGAUGAAGAGAUUACUCGAGGUGGAGGUCAGAUAGUGAAAAAGACCCUAUGCGGUGUUUACACCGUUGCUCAAAAGGAAAUCGGUCACAUUGGAUCUCUACCGCGACCUUCAAAUGUCAUUGAGAAACAAGUGGCUAUUUUGACAGAAUUAAAAAGUUGCGAAAAUAUCAUAACAUUUUACGGUACUGUACAGCGCUCCGGUAAAUUAUACAUUAUUUCAGAGUGGGCCGAAGAGGGUGAUCUUUGCCAAUAUCUAAAAAGGAACAAGAAUUUAGAUUGGAAUUUCAAAUACAGAAUUGCUUCCGAGAUCGCGAGUGGCUUGGCGUUUUGUCACUUUUACAACAUUUUACAUCACGAUAUAAGAAGUCACAACAUUUUGUUGACGGCAAGAAAAACCGCAAAACUUAGUAAUUUUAAUUCUGCUCGUAAGGAAACCGACGAGUCAACACAAGUAAAGGACAUCACUCACAGAUACAGGUGGCUAGCUCCAGAAAAGCUUUCAGAUCAUAAUAGUGAAUAUACCAAGCAAUGUGAUAUCUACAGUUUCGGAAUAGUACUUUGGGAACUCGCGUCACAGCAAGAACCAUUCGCUGACGUCACGGUUGCUAAAGAAUUGAUUGAGAAGGUUUCUGUUAAUAAAGAACGUCCUCCUAAUGUGCCAGACACAAAUCCUACCUAUCAGAAGAUGAUGAACGAUGCUUGGCAUCCGAAGGCGUUAAAACGUCCAACUGCAGAUAACAUCUUCAAAGAAUUAAACAAGUUGGCAAAUAAUAGACCAUUUGAAAGCG